ACUCUUUGGAAAUUACCUCCAUUCAAUGUUUAUAGAAGCACAUUUAUUUUACCUAUUUUCUCUAUUUUUGUAAGUUUAUGAUAAAGUUUGAUCGUUAGAACAACGAUUUUAUGCUUGCGCUUUAGUAUAAUACUAAUAAAAAAGACCCGAAGUGAAUUAUUUGGCGUGGAUAAAAAUAAUUGUGACACCAUGACUGAUUCAGUAAAUAUGUCAUUGGAUGACAUAAUAAAACAAAACCGCACAAAUAAAUCCCGAGGAAGAGGCGGAGGAACCAUACGUGGUCGAGGCGGCGGUGGUCGCAGAGGUCGCGGAGGCGGACCAGCGCGGCCUGGUACUCCUGGUACACGCCAAGGCCGCAGCGGUGGCCGGUCACAGUCGCGCGGUCGUUCACAAUCUCGUGGCCGUUCACAAUCUGGCGGUCGUUCGCAGUCAAGGAAUCGUUCUCGGUCGCGCCAACAGCGACGUUCAUCUUCACGGGCAAGAUCAGCGUCCAGAUCGCGAUCAGGUAUAAGAGGUUUAACUCCAAAAGGAAGAGCUGGCCUUGAAGAACAAAAUGAUAUGCCUCAGCUAGUGAGAAGAAAUAAUUUUCGAGGCAGAGGGAGAGGAGGUAUUCAAACCAGACUUCUACGGAGUAAUUCGAAUUCUCGAACACAAAAUGGAAUCCAUAGUCGGCUUGGAAUUACAACUCGCAGGGGCGGUGCUAAUAACACUUAUCGACCACUUGCUGUUGCUAAAAGGGGUAUUGCAAAGCGGGGUCAAGGAUUUGCUACAAGAAAUAAAUACAGCAAUGUGGGACUACGUUCUGACCAGAUUAUUAAAGAGCAAAGACAAAAUCUUAUGUUGAAUAAUUCAAUCAUAAAAUCACAGACAUUUACAAGGUCUAGACGUAACUCCUUCAAUUCACCCUCACAGCUUACAGUGAGUGUAGCAAAUGAUUUUGCAAAAAGACGCAGAAAUAGUGUAGGAAAUGGUAAUUAUUUAAAUUCGCAAAGCCUAGCACAACUUAAUAAUCAGUUUGGCGGGUAUAGAACUCGACGCGGGCCAGGUAGUGUAAAAUCAAUGGGUUCCAAUAGAUCAAACAGAUCUAGUCGAUCCAACCAAUCCAAUACUAGUAACAGGUCACGCGGUCGAGGGCGAGGCCGUGGAAGGGGUAGAGGGGUUAACCGUGGGGUUGGUCGUAAAUUUGUGAAUAAACAGAUUCUCAAUCCUAAAUUACAAAAAGAAAUUGCUGCUAUACAGGGAAAAAGUUUGGGAACCAAUUCAAGUGAAAGUGAGGUCCCAAUUGGGGUUAAUUUUACCCCCACACCAGCAGCUACUGCACAAACCUUGCAUCAGAGGUUUGCUAGCGCCUAAUUUAGUUUGGCUAAAAUUAAUAAAUGACUUGCUAUAAAUUACACUAUUUAAUAAUAGAACAGAAGCAAAUAACAAAAUAAAUACAGCUUUGACAUAAUAUAAUCUCCAGUUUUGUGUGUGUUUGAAGAUUAACUUGAACUAGUAUGUAUUUAGUAUUUAGGCUAUCCACUUAUACAUUGGUCCCCAUUUAUAGCACUAUAUUGUAUUACAGUUAGAUAAAUGAUGAAUAAAAAAACUUAUAAUUUAAAAUUUCUUUUAAAAGUUGUAAAAAAAAUAUCCAAAAUAUUACUUUUUUUUCACUAUUAAUUAGCAUAAUGAAUAUAACGAGAAGAUUGGAUUGGAUUAAGGUUUAGAGUUCUCUAACUACAUUUAAUUUCUUUACCUUAAAAAAUUGGUCAUGUUUUUUCAAUAAAUUUUAAACAUUCUCUAGAUAUUGACUAAACAUGAUUUGAUUAACUUGUUGACAAUUUGUAUUUAGAUGUA